CUCAUCAUCUAAUACAGGUCUUCUUUUCUUGGAUCGAAACGCAAUAUUUGAAUAUUGGCAACACAAGCACUGGAUUAGGCACAACCAUUUCCAGCCCAAAUCCAAAGGCCCCAAAUUUAUCCCUCUAUCCCUCUCACUCGCUGACCAUUGCUCUCUCUCUAAAACAAAAGCAAAAUCCCCAAAAUGCCCUCACCGUCGCUCCGGUUGUCCGCCACCACUCACCACCUCCAUCACUUGGGGUUCAACCACACACUCUCCUCCUCGGCGGCCCAAAACCUCUUCACCUCUCUCUCCUUCCCCUCCUCCACUUUCCCAAUAUACCCUCGGAAGCUCGCUGCCCAGUGCCAGAAGAAACCAGCACCCAACAACAACGGUGGUAGAGCCAAGGUCAAGGGCAAAGCGGAAAAUGUGUGGAGCGUGGACAACGAGCUCGCUGCGAUGGAGAAAGAGAGAGGGAGAAGCCCGAAGAGGAGAGGCAAAAGGAGGGUUGUGAGGAGGAAGAGAAGUGAAGGCGGUGGCGGGAAAGGUGUGUUGGUCUCUGGUGCUAUGUUAAUGGAGGACGAGACCGUUCUUCAAACUCAGGAACCUGUGAUAAGACCAGAAUGGACUACAUUUGCUAGUAGUGUCAGUGGGAUAUGGAAGGGCGUUGGAGCAGUAUUUUCACCCAUCAAUGCUGAAAUGGAGCCAAUUGAAAUCGGAAGCAGGGAUGAACAUCUAUAUGAUUGCUAUACUCUUUCCCACAUUGAGGCCGUGCCAUCCUAUUCUGGAGGGCCAACAUCUCAAAUCAAAAGGAAGAUUAAUUGGGUGACUUUAAAUCCUUUCGGUGAAAUACCACAACAUAUUAGAGGAAGCAAUAGAAUGAAAGAAGAGCAUGAAGGUGGAGACGCUGCUUCACACAAAAACGAUAUUGAUGGAAGUGGAAAAAAACAUGUUUUGCCUGAAUUUGAGUCUUUUGAUUUUGGAAGAAGUGACGUGAUGGAAGAAGAUGUCAUGGAUAAGGAACCUGGUCUUGUUUUCUUUGAGGAUGGAUCUUAUUCUAGGGGUCCUGUUGAUAUCCCGGUUGGUGAAGAUGAUGACUCUAAGUAUUACCUUUCACCAACUUUCAAAUUUGAACAAUGCUUGGUUAAAGGUUGCCACAAGAGGCUACGUAUCGUUCAUACUAUAGAAUUCAGCAAUGGUGGUUCAAGCAUACAGAUAAUGAGAGUUGCUGUUUAUGAAGAAAAGUGGGUUAGUCCUGCCAAUCUUCCUGACCCGAGUGAUCUGGAGUUCGAUUUGAAACCAUUUUCUCAGCGCAAACGAACCCGACCAUCAGAGCUGACUGGGUCAUGGAAGGUGUUUGAGGUCAGUGGCACUCCAGUAUUUGUUGAGGAGAUAGACCAGAUGGUAAUGGAGCAAAACGAUAGUACUCCGUAUGUCUAUCUUUGCACAGAAACUCUAAAGAAGAGGAGCUUGCCGGGGAAUCCAGCGUACUUUGGAGAAGAAGAGAUGCUAGACAUGCAAGAUGUGACUAUGCUUUGGCUUCCGGGUGGUGUCACGGCCUAUGUUGAUGUAAACAAGGAUGGCAUCCUUUGCAUUGGAGUCGGAUGGUACUCAAAUGAAGGGAUCAACCUUGUUAUGGAGAGGGAUUAUGGAGUAGAUGGGAAACUUAAGGAGGUCCGAUCAAAGUCGGAGGUAAAAAGAAGGUGGUCUGAUCCACUACCUGUGUAAAUUUUCCUUGAAAACAGUUUUGGUUUGUUUCUUUGUACUGAUUAUUACUUCCCCACAUUGGAUGGUAAUUGCUUGUAUAUUAUCUCCAUCAGAUCAAAAAAGAAACAACACAAUGAAUGUUAAAAAAUUUACAUAUUGAUGCU